CUCUCGGAGACAGAAACAUGGCAGAACGAGGAUAUAGUUUCUCUCUUACCACGUUCAGCCCCUCUGGUAAACUGGUCCAGAUCGAAUAUGCCUUGGCCGCCGUAGCAGCUGGUGCUCCAUCCGUUGGAAUUAAAGCUUCAAAUGGAGUUGUGCUGGCAACAGAGAAGAAACAGAAGUCUGUUCUGUACGAUGAACAAAGUGUGCAUAAAGUGGAACCAAUAACGAAACAUAUAGGAAUGGUGUACAGUGGUAUGGGUCCAGACUACAGGGUGCUAGUGCGACGAGCACGCAAAUUAGCGCAGCAGUACUUCCUAGUGUACCAGGAGCCGAUUCCCACAGGGCAGCUGGUGCAGAGAGUGGCCUCUGUCAUGCAGGAGUACACACAGUCGGGAGGUGUGCGUCCCUUUGGAGUCUCACUGUUAAUUGCUGGCUGGGAUGAAGAUUGCCCUUACCUCUUUCAGUCAGACCCAUCUGGUGCAUAUUUUGCUUGGAAAGCAACUGCAAUGGGAAAGAACUAUGUUAAUGGAAAAACAUUCCUUGAGAAAAGAUACAAUGCGGACCUGGAGCUUGAAGAUGCAAUUCACACAGCAAUCUUGACUCUGAAAGAAAGUUUUGAGGGUCAGAUGACUGAAGACAACAUUGAAGUGGGCAUCUGCAAUGAGGCAGGCUUCAGACGACUCUCCCCAGCCGAAGUCAAAGAUUACCUGGCAGCUCUUGCAUAACACGAAUCCACUGUAGUCCUACUUUAUGUGCACUAUUGAUGAGUUCUGGAGUGGGUUUUCAGUACUUUUAAAAAUGGUUUUUUUCAAAAGAACAUUUUUAUUCCUUGGCUCUUCAUCCUCCUUUGUAGAUAAUUACCAA